AUUGAAAAGGAUUGGAAAAAGCAUACCAAAUCAAGCUAUAAAAAUUUCUAACCAAUAAUCCGUAAAUCUUAUUCAGUUCUAGUACGGAGUACAUUUUAAAUAAGCCCAUAAGAAUAAAGGGUGUUGGGCUUUAGCACUAUUUUUUUCACGGGCUGGUGGUACUGGAGCACAUAGUUUUGUUUUUUUUUUUUUUUUUUUUUUUUUUUUUUUUUUUUUGAGAAAAUAGCACAUUCUCCGUAGUUAUUUUGAAUUGGUAAUAAUAUUCCUACUUUUUUCGUCCUUAAAUAAAAAGUCUUUUUUUCCCUAAAGAAAAUCUUUUUAGUUACGAUAUGAGUACAUGGGACACCUUAUGCGCAACCCUCUCCGAUCCAACUUUAUUGAAUUCGACUCAUUUAUCCGAAUUAACACCUUUAUGGAAAACCUUUCCGACUCGACCUUACAUAUUUCGAUCCAGUUAUCUAAAUUGACACCUUUAUGGCUUUAUGCACAACUCUUCCCACACAUCAUUUCAGUGUUGUGCUUGUUUCACUACAUAUUUUCUAUUCAUUAACUCAUUUUAAGUAAAUAUCAAAUGAACAAAAAAAUAAAUUAUCCUUGGAUGCACUUACCUCUAUAUACACCCGAGUGUAUUUAAAAGGUGUUGUCUCUCAUAUCGUGUUUAGCUUAAUAAUGAGCUCUUACCAAUUCUAACCAACUAUUGUAUUUUUAUUAAAUUUUUUUUUAACAAAAAACCCAAAAAAGCUGAUGAAAGCAAGCAUACUAUCAAAGACAAAAUCUCUCGAACUGAGUAACUUCCCAAAAAUAGACGACAUGUCUUGUAACAACUUAUUAGAUUUACCUGUGGGAUGUCUUUCGCACAUAUUGUCGUUGACUUCGCCGAGGGAUGUCGUCCGAUCAUCAGCCGUUUCGACGGACUUUUUAUCGGCGUCGAAAUCGGAUGCCAUUUGGAACAACUUUCUGCCGUCCGAUUGUGAUUACUUCUUAUCUCAAUCGUCAAUUCCAAUUGAUCAACAACAAUUUGCUUCUAAAAAAGAUCUUUUUUUCUCUCUUUGUCAAUUUCCUAUACUCUUCGACAAUAAAACUCAGAGUUUUGCCUUGGACAAAAGUAGUGGCAAAAAAUGUUACAUGCUUGGUGCAAGAAUGCUGAUGAUCGCGUGGGGAGAAACCCCUGCAUACUGGAGUUGGAGAUUCAUCCCUGAAUCGAGGUUUCCUGAGACUGCUCAGCUGAAUUCUGUAUGUUGGUUUGAUAUUAAAGGGCGAUUACCAAUCAAAUUCCUCUCCGCAGAUACAACUUAUGGCGCGUAUUUUGUGUUCCAGAAGGUUGUGCAUUCUUUCGCCGGGUUUUAUGGACCAGUUAAGGCAUCUGUACUAGAGUCUGAUCAAGAAGGGCUGUCCAAAAGUUAUGAAGAUCAUAGGUUAGUUGCUAAUCACUAUUUUAUUGGGGAUCAAGACUUUGAUGAACCUACAUGUUGGUUGGAUGCCGAUGAAUUGCCAGUGGAAAGAGGUGACGGAUGGAUGGAGAUAGAGAUGGGCAGGUAUCAUGUUGGUUCCGGUGUUGAGGCUUUCGACGAAAGGGUGGUGUUGGAGAUGGCACUGAUGGAGGUUGAAGACCUUAGUUGGAAGAGUGGUCUUCUUGUUCAAGGCAUUGAACUUCGUCCUUUGGAUUGAUUAUUAAAGAAAAGGAUUGUUUUUCAUUGUGAUGCAAUAUAUUCAUCAACAUUAAAUGUGCAAUUUCUACGUUUUUUACUUAAAUUAAUGGAUGUGAAUAUGUGAUGAUUCAUGGUCAUCUUGGGUUUGUACAGUUUGGAUUGGAAUAAGUAUUGUCUUUGGUUUUUUGAA